GCACAAACGGUUACGAAAGAAUGCUUUAGGUUGUGUGUUGCUCCGCCUCUCGUGCUCUUUGUGGUCGAGGCUACUUUUGUGCGUGCGACCGGUUUUUAAAGGAAUAUUUACGGCCCUUUAAGAUGCAGGGAAACCGAGGAGGACGUCCCGAUCAGCACAACCACGGCCCGGCGAGGCAGCAGCAGAACCUGCAGCAGGACAGGAAGUCUCUGGGAGCAGACAGCAACGGGCAGCACACGGAUGGUGGAGAGCAGUCUAGUCCGAAUGCUGGUCUGACCAUCGACCUGACGAGCUUUAAGAAGCCCGGGGAGAAGACGUACACGCAGCGCAGCCGGCUGUUCGUGGGCAACCUGCCAGCUGGCACCUCUGAAGAGGAAGUAGAAAAGCUCUUCUCCAAAUAUGGCAAACCGUCUGAGAUCUUCAUCAACAAGGACCGAGGCUUUGGGUUCAUCCGCCUGGAAACUAAGACCCUUGCAGACAUUGCCAAAGCCGAGCUGGACGACACGAUGUUCCGUGGCCGUCAGAUCCGUGUUCGUUUUGCCACUCAUGGUGCUGCGCUUGCAGUGAAGAACCUGCCUCAGUUUGUGUCCAACGAGGUCCUGGAGGAGGCCUUCUCCAUGUUCGGCCCAGUCGAGCGUGCCAUCGUGAUCGUGGAUGACCGCGGCCGGCCCACGGGAAAAGGCAUCGUGGAGUUUGCCAACAAGCCAUCGGCCCGGAAAGCCCUAGACCGCUGCUCUGACGGAGCUUUCCUCAUCACCUCGUUUCCUCGGCCUGUGACGGUGGAGCCGAUGGAGCAGUUGGAUGAAGACGAAGGACUUCCAGAGCGACUCGUCAGCAAAAACCCACAGUAUCAUAAGGAACGUGAGCAGCACCCGCGCUUCGCCCAGCCCGGCUCGUUCGAGUACGAGUACGCCAUGCGCUGGAAGGCUCUGAUGGAGAUGGAGAAGCAGCAGUUUGAGCAGGUGGACAGGAACAUCAAGGAGGCGCAGGAGAAACUGGAGCAGGAGAUGGAGGCGGCCAGACACGAGCAUCAGGUCAUGCUCAUGAGACAGGAUCUGUUGAGGAGGCAGGAGGAGCUGAGGCGUAUGGAGGAGGCGCACAACCAAGAGGUGCAGAAAAGGAAGCAGAUGGAGCUGCGUCAGGAGGAGGAGCGGCGCCGUAGGGAGGAGGAGCUCAGGGCUCACACAGAGGAGCUGAUGAGGAGACAGCAAGGGACUGGACAAAACUUUGGCGAGAAGAGGGAGCAGGACAUGAGGAUGCACAUGGGAGGUCAAGGCCUUCCCAUGAACAGGACCUCAAUGGGUGGAAACCCCACCCCAGGAGGAGGAGCUCCCAACAUGGCUAAUGCUAAUGAGGGUGCUGGAGCAAACGCUGGUGGACUUCCUCUGCCGUUCCCACGUCCUGGGCCGCCCGUGGACUACAAACGCCGUCGAUUCUGAGAGCCCAGGCCACGCUCGUCUUUACGUGUCUUUGGGUUUGUUUGUUUUUUGUUUCGUGAAUUUUUUUUUUUUUUUUUUUUUUACACACACACACACACACACACACACACACACACACACACACACACACACACACACACACACAUACUGUACAAUAUUUUUAAGUCCAGCAAGUGAAUUUAGUCGUUUCAUCACAUACACGUUUUAAAAAAAAAAAAAAACUGUGCAAAGUUUUGUUUUAAGCUUAGAUGAAUUCUUCUUCCUCAAUUCUUAUUUUCCUCUGAAGAUUUAUUGUCUUGUGCCCUUAUUAGGGGUUUUGUAUAGACUUUUUGUUUUCCCCCCCCCAUAUUAAUGUGAUAUAUCUCUUCUCUUACUAUUUGUUUUUUUUUUUUAUUUCAGAUUUCUUCCCAUGUAGUUUUUUUAUAUAGCUUUAGUGAAUUCGUUUUUUUUUUUGUCUGAAAUACCUGCAUUUAUAAAACGGCUCAGAAUAAAAAUUCGGAAUUCAGUGUUACGUA